AUGUUGGGUGUUGUCACAUUUCUGCUGGCAAGCGGUCUAGUUUUGGCGGACAAUAUCACUGCAACAGUGAACCUUAGUGUAUCCAAGGGAAAGCCAGGCCACUGGGCCUCUGGAUUUAUUUAUGGAAUUCCUGAUACGUCUAACCGAAUUUCUGACCACUGGUAUACGGAAAUAGGGUUUCGAUAUGGUCGUGCGGGAGGCGCACAGCUUGAUGCGCCCGCACGGGGGUGGAUUUGGGGAUUGAAUGAGUAUAGAGGGCGACUUCAGUCAACUCUCUCCAAUUAUCAGACAUGUCGGAAGUACGGCGCAGAUUUCAUUAUCUUGCCACAUGAUAUAUGGGGCACUGAUCAUGCGAACUCUUCAACGGUAUGGCCUGGUGACAACGGGGACUGGUCGGAUUAUGAUCUAUUCAUCAAGACUUUGAUGGUAGAUCUCAAGACAAAUAACGCCCUUGAGGGCCUCGUGUGGGAUAUUUGGAAUGAGCCAGAUAUCGAGACGUUUUGGGUGCGUGAUCAACAGCAGUGGAUCGAUCUUUAUAUCCGCACCCAUAAUAUUCUUCGUGAGGAUUCGAGUUUCGAUAAUGUUCAGAUCUCGGGCCCAUCGCUGGCUUAUCGACCAGUGUCUGGAAAUACUUGGUGGAGUGACUGGUUGGCCCAAAUCGCAGGAAACAAAACUAUCCCUGACCAAUACUCUUAUCACCUAGAAGGGUCUACAGAUGAUUGGGAUAAUGAUCUCCAGAAUACAAAUGGUACUCUUGCGGUUCUUCUGAAAACUUACGGUCUCCCUGAGCGGCAGAUCAAUAUUAACGAGUACGCCAACUAUGCUGAGCAGAUCCCCGCUGGAGCCGCGUGGUGGAUUUCUCGACUCGAACGAUAUGACGCUUUCGGACUGCGUGGAAACUGGCUUAGCGGAUGGACACUGCACGACCUCAUGGCUAACCUGCUCACCAAGAAGUCUGACCCAAGUGACUACAAUGCGACUGAUUACGCGUCAGCCCCGGAAUAUCAAGUCUACAAGUACUAUAAUCUCAAUAUGACUGGAAAUCGUGUCGAGACCUCUGGAACCGGUGAUCGUCUAUUUGAUGUGUACGCCACUGUGGGCUUGGACAAGGUUCGCAUUCUCUCCGGAGCACGCAUUACAACUGGUGAUUGGCAGAUCACUGUUAAUCAUAUGAGCGCUGUUGGACUUCCGUCAGAAGGCACUGUGAAUAUCCAGACCUGGGGCUUUGCCGGCACGUCCGUGUAUGAAGAGGUGGAUGCUCCAAGUGACCGUGGCAUCGUCUCCCAUACAUACUCGGGCGAUAGCCUCACAUUCCCUAUCUAUCAAACCGAUGCUAGUACGGCCUGGGCGUUUGAAUUCAGCGUCUAG